AUGGUUUUGGAGAAAGCAGCUUUAAACUCUCAUGAGAACGCCUAUGAAAAAAAGGAAAAUGAGAAAAAUCACGAUUUGCUCCCACACACUGUGCUCUUGGAAACUCUAUUUUAUAAGAGGCCAAAAGUUCUUUUGCAGCACUGCGCUACUCAUGCAAAACUUACCGACGAGGAGUUUAACUUCCUGAUUCAUCUUGCUGUUUCAAGACUGGAAAAAAGAGCCAAUGUGCCGCUACAUUUUAUACAAGAGUCAAAGCACCUUGAGAAAGUAGCAAGGGAUUAUAUUUGUGGUCUAAACUCUUUUCCAAUAAUGGACUAUUCAGUCGAAAUUAACCGUAGCGAACCUAUUCAAGUUAUACUGGAUAAAAUUGAGAAGAACACAAUUUCUAAACAGCUGAAGUUAGCACAUUUAUCGAAAGUUAUUUUGACUGCAAGGAAACUGAACAGAAUUCUGCGUCGACACGGUAACCACCGGUAUUUCAUUGCAAUAGAUUUUGACCAGUUUGGUUAUGACACCUACUCAAUUAUCACCCGUCUCCGGCAGCGUGACUUCACUGUGGAAACAGUUUCAGAAGGAGAUCCGAUUGUAUACACUUAUGACAACACUUUAUAUCCAGGACCUGCGAAAUCCCCUAAGCGGAUGGCGCAAAAAAAUAAUGCUGCAUCAGCCAACUCGAGUGUUCUUGACAAAGAAAUCUUCACUAAAACUUUCUUGUUACAUGCAAUGUUCUUUAUGCUCCCAUAUCUCUUAUCAAACGACCAAGACGGCUGUUAA